AAUGUUAAGUAGUAGUUUAUGAUGACAUGGACCCUUUCACAUUGACACUGUAAUUGUAUAGAAAUACUUCCUGUUUUGUGUGUGUUUCACUACUGUGUUCUGAAGUACAGUCAGAUUAAUUUGUUUGUUGUUGAAAAUAUUGACCUAUACAAGCUGGGUUUGCUAUUAGAAAAUGUGUCCGAGCUGAGCUGACUGUGUACCGUCCAGCAGGAUAAUCAUCUUGCGUUUCUGACCGCUGGCUGAUUGCAGUAUGUGAUAGUGUAACAACAUAGUGUGAGGACGUUGUGUGAGGACAAUGAGCUGGUUCAAGAGGGGGAGUGUUCGGCAGGAGGGCCGAAUGGCCGACUCCCCAGAUCAUGUGUCUGAUCGGGACAGACGGGACACAGACCCUCAGACGUGUCUGGAAGUGUUCCGCAACCACUGGCAACAGGCUCUGAACGUCAUCGAGAGCAAGAAGGAUGGAAGCAAGGGAACUGUGGAUGACAUUGAUACUGUAAUACAUAACUUUGAGCACAUGGUCACUUUGCUUGUUGGGGAGGAAGGAAUUGAUGGAAUGCCUGGACCAAUAUUACAUUUUCUUCUUGAAAAAGAAGUGUUUGAAAAAUUCUGUGCUUUGAGUAUGCCAACAAGGGAAGGGCUUGGGAAACUGAAGUAUGACCAGUUGCGAAUGUUUGAACUUGCUAUCAACCAAUCCAAGCAGCUUCUGCUGAUCCACAAGCCAGUCAUACGACCGCUGAUGAAGCUUCUGUCCUCCUGCACUGACCAGGCCAUCCAGUCAGAGGAGAUUGAGUACCGCACUGUCCUUGUGCUGCACCAGAUCUGCGUCUGCAUCUCGCAGCAGACGGUCAUCCUUGAGAGCUUCUUCAACACCAACGCUGACCAUGGUCCUGCCCGAUUCCUCAUCUUUUCAUUGCUUAUCCCCUACAUCCACAGAGAGGGACCUGUUGGGCAGAAUGCUCGUGAUGCUCUCCUUUUGUUGAUGGCCCUCUCCGCCAAAUAUCCCCACAUUGGCCAGUACACCGCAGACUCCGAUUUCUGCCCUGUGUUGGCCACUGGCUUGUCGGGACUGUACUCCUCACUGCCACGCAAGAUAUCCCGCCCGAGCGAGGACUGGUACAUGGUGACCGAUGAUGACAUUGCCAGGAUACCUGAUCUGCAGAUGUUCCUCAACUCACUCGAGUUCUGCAAUGCUGUCAUUCAGAUUGCCCAUCCGUUAGUGAAGAACCAGUUGAUCAAGUACAUCUAUGACGGGUUCCUGGUGCCGGUUCUAGGUCCGGCUCUGCAUCAGGAUAUCCCUGGCCUUCCAUUACCUCUCCUAGAUACGGGAAUGUUUGCGAAUUCCCGAGAGGAAGUGAUGACAGCCACUGCGUACCUCGACCUGUUCCUGCGACGGAUCACAGAGCCAGUUCUCAUCCGAGCUGUACUCAAGUUCAUACUGCUGGAGAAGAAUGAUGAAAUCGUCAUCCUUGAUUCUCUCAUCACCAGAAUCAACUCCAGUUCACGGCUGUCGCUGGUGUCACUGUCACUGUUCAAGACCCUCAUCAAUCUCAACUGUGAGGAUGUCAUGCUCCAGCUGGUCUUCAAAUACCUGAUUCCCUGUACCCAUGUAAUGGUCAGUCAACGAAGGUCGGUGAAGGACCUUGACCUUUACAGUAAAAGUGCGGAGAAGUUCCUGUCUCUGCGACCAUCCUGCUGCAUGUCGAGGAGCACGGAAAGCCCUAAAUCCUCCUCUCACAGUAACGAUAAGACACUUCCCUCCACCAGCUCUCUAAAUGAUACAAACAGUAGAACUAGACGACCCUCCAGCAGUCCUAACCCAAUCGCAAGGCCCAACAAACCUUUUGGAGAUUUUUUCACCCGAAAGAACUCCAAGACUAAGCGAAGCAAUUCCCAGCUUGUACCGGCAACACAGGAACCUGUCAGAAGAAGCCCUCAGAUGCCUACUACUUCUGAGAUGAGAAUCGAGGACUUUGAAACAAGUUACUUUGAAUAUUUACACGAUGCUCGUUAUCGAUUAACGAAAUGUGCCCGAGCAUGUCGGAACUGGUCUGCCCCUUAUAACGGAGAGACGCCCCCACCUGAUUGUUUCCUGGACAAGGCAGCCAAUGAGAACAAAGCUGAUAGUGAUAAAAGUCUGUCAGAAUCGCGGGUUAAACCUUCAUCUGAAAAAGGAGGCGAUGGUGCAGAGACAAUGUCUCCCAAAGUCCGCCUCUUCUCCCAUGGCUAUGUGAACUCGAACUCUAGUGGAGCCGAUGUUAUUGUUAACGGCUGUGUGGAUAAAUCGAUGGACAAGACGGAGCCAGGCUUAGGAAGACACACAUCACCUUUGUGCAAUAACUUAUCUCAUAGUGAGAUGGUGACGUCGCCAAGUCUUUCAAAACUGUUUUCAUCGUUAGAUAGUUUAGAUUCUUUUAUUCGCUACCUUGAUGAACUGGACCCAGCUGAUGAUUCAGCUUCUUCUAUAGAGGACAGUAUGCAGAGUUUAGAAUCGGUGCUAUCAAACAUGUCCCAUUCUUUCAAUACUUCAGCUGGGAAUGACACUAUUUUGUACUCCCAGGAGGGAAGCAAAUCCGGCAGCAGCUGCCACAGUUCGGUCAGGUCCAACGUGGAGGUUCCGUGUAGCCUCAACCUCAGAGAUAUGUCGAGUUACGUGGAGAUCACCAUGUCCUCCCCUGACCGAUCCAAUGCCCAGAAGGUUCUGCAGGAGCUGCCUCAACGAAGCUUCUUGACCCCCGACCUGACGCUGUCGCCGAGUCGGUGGACAGAAGUGGACAUGCCCUGCAGCCCCUCCCCCUUCCCCUCCGUCUCCUCCCGGGCAUUCACACCACGCUACUCCAGCAGUGCCCCCAACAUAGGCCCGUUCCUAGCUGCAGUGUUCUCCAAGCUGGAGAGUAUGAUCCAGAACUCACUGUACAUGAACCUGCUGCUGACUGGCAUUGUAGCCCAGCUGGGAGCCUACCCUCAGCCCAUUCUCCGGUCAUUCUUGCUAAACCACAACCUCGUCUUUCAACCCACAGUCAAAUCAUUGGUGCAGGUGAGUACCUUCUUGCUAAACCACAACCUCGUCUUUCAACCCACAGUCAAAUCAUUGGUGCAGGUGCUAUCCUCGGUGCGCCAGAAAGUGGACAACUAUGCCUUAAGUAUCCCCAACUUUGAAAACCUAAUCAUCCUUGCUCGGAAGAAUCUUCUGUCCCGAGAAGAGAGUUACUUCAGUGCAGGGUUCGGUCCAGUUCCGGCCAGUCUCGGGUCGUCUCCCGUCAAACCUGUGCGGGCAGCUACCAUCUCCGAGAUCCCAACAAAAGAAAAACGGAGCCCUUCCCAGUCUCUCCGUGACUUGUUGUUCCGACGGAGCCCUGCCAGUAAGAAAGGCCUUCACAGUGGGAACAAAGGGGCACAACUCCAGCGGGUUCCGGGGGGAGUAGGCUAUCUGUUCAUAAACCGAAACAAUGACGAGCCAUCCAACAGUGCAGAGGAAUCACUGAAGACCUGGAACGCUGUUUACUGUGCCAUCAUCCUAGAUGAGUUCACGAAGGAGUUAGCUGCCCUUGCUCAGGAGCAUGCGGUCCUCAGCAUGGACGAGGGAGGAUUAUUCAAGCUGGACUCAUGACACAGAGCGUGUAUCCAAGUGACAGUUGCCGUGACGACACCCAUCUCCACUCCCUCCAGAUGUGCACAGACAGCACUCUUCACAUAUCACCAGCUCUGUCAGGUGGCGCGACACAUGGGCCAGCUAUUCCCAUCUCUCAUACAGAUGCACCAUCAGUGAAAUUGUUGGGCCAGAAAUGUCAGCAGAUUCCUGGCAGACGACACUUUUUGUCCAACUGUAUCUAUCAUCAAUCUAUAUGGACAUACUGAUGUAUAUUAACCCUGGCUAUGAAUAGUCUCUGAGAGAAAGUAUAUCUAAUGCAACCUUUUAUAAGAACAGAAAAAAAUAAGGGAAACUAAUCAAAUUUCUGAAAUUUGUUUAUUGGUUUUAGAGGGUAAAGAAGUUCGAAUUAGCAAUAAUGUAAUCAUUUAACAACAAGCAAUGGUAUGUUUCUGAGCACCUUCAGGAGUGGAGACCAUGGUGCUGACUGGACAUUGUUCCUUGCAUGGCUGGGGGAAGUCAGUAUUCACUUGUUAACACAAUACACAGUUGAUUGUUCAAAGGUACAAAGUGGUAGUUCUUGAGUCUGCAGGAUGGGCCAUGUCUUUUCUAGAGUUAUUUACCUGUAUCUUCCAAUCUUGGAUAAGGCCACUCACAUCACUUCAGUGUUGUGACUGAUCCACUUGAAUUACGACAGUGGAAAUUACAAAAUUUUCUUUUUCAUCCUAAUUUCUGCACAGUGUAGUGGUUCGUGAGGUUCGUGAUUUUUCCAUUUUAAGGUUUUCAUAUGAUUUUUAGGGUGUUUAUUUACAAGAGAUUCAUAUUUUUACCUGAAAGAGAAUGCUUCUAUAUCCAAGUGAACAUUAAAUAUAUAUAUAUACAUAUAUCGAUUCAUAUAUUGCUGCAAUACAGGUCCAAUAAAGAACUAUUAAAGACUGUUUAUAGUAGUAUGGCACAUAACUCAUCUACAAAUGAAAAAUAGAAUCAGUGAAUGAUAUAUCGAUUCAAGACUUACUGUUCGUUUUUAUUUUUUAAAUGAAAGAUCAGACAAGUAUUGACCAGUGAUUAGAACAAGAGAUUUGUUUUUGUGCAUUUAUAAAGCUGUCUUUGUAUAAAGUAAGAAUCACAGGUAAUGAUGUCCGAUAUCAAUGUCCUGAUUCUGGUUACUAUGACAACUGAUUCCGGUACAUGUUGCUCCAUACCGUGUAUGCAGACAUUGAGAUGUGUGGGAGAGAUUGUUGCACACAUAGCAUUGUUACAAGCUUUUGCUUCGUUUUCACCCAGUGAGUGGAAUGCAAAGAUCUUGAACAGUCUCACUUUAUUAUCUUGCACAGUUUGUUUUUCAUCUGUAUUUAAAGCCUGUAUAUGUGACUAUGCAUUUCCUGCUUCAGUUUGUCUGUAGGUGAAAAGUCUGGACUUUUAGCCAGGUCAUCAGUUUAAUUAAUAAUAUAAAUGGGGAAAAUAUAUACUGUAUGUAUAAGGGAAAGUAUUGUUUUAUAAUAUUGAACAAAACAAAUUGUGACAUAUAAAAUUAAACUUUAGUUGCUUCUAUAAGUUCCAUAAGACCAACGAUAUGCAUUUUUCUCCGAAAUGUUACAUGUUGUAUAACCAUCAGCUACAUGGGGGUCUAAGAGUGGAGUGGUGUGUUUACAGAUGUCACUCAUGGGUUAUUGUUGGUAUUUUGAAUGACAUACAGUACUUACUUCUGGGUUGAGUUCACAGGGAGUCAUUGAAAGGUUGAGAAAGACUGGACUUGCCUGAGGACCAGCUCAAGCAGCUUCUGAGAGGAGCAUGAAGAUAUUUGAUGUUAAAUUUAUUUGAGUUUAGUGAUAAUCCUGAAUGGCACAUUAAUAAUCCUGGAUGGUACAUUAAUAGUCCUGAAAGGUACAUUGAUAAUCCUGAAAGGUACAUUGAUAAUCCUGAAUGGUACAUUGAUAAUCCUGAAAGGUACAUUGAUAAUCCUGAAUGGUACAUUUAAUAAUCCUGAAAGGUACAUUGAUAAUCCUGAAUGGUACAUUUAAUAAUCCUGAAAGGUACAUUGAUAAUCC